AUGGACAAACUUUUACAUUGGUCAGUAGCCAAUUCUCAAGGCGACAAAGAAGCUGUAAAAAAAAUUGGCCAGCCAGACCCUAAACUACUGCAACAGCUGUUCGGCGGUGGCCCAGAUGAACCCGCUUUGAUGAAGCACGCUAUGGUUGUAAUUACAAACCCCGAGGCUGAACUAGAAGCUAAGUUGAUAGCUUUCGACAAUUUCGAAAUGCUCAUCGAAAACUUGGACAACGCCAAUAACAUUGAAAAUCUGAAACUUUGGGAACCAUUGAUUGGACUUUUGAAGUCUCCUGAGCCAGAGUUAAGGGCCUUUGCACUAUCUGUAGUCGGAACAGCGGUGCAAAACAAUCAAAAGUCGCAGGAGAACUUUUUAAGCUAUGAACACGGCUUGCCACAAGUCAUUGAGAUCGCGAACAACGCCGACGAGAAAGCCGACGUUAGAACGAAAGCAUUUUACGCGCUGUCAAACCUCGUUAGACAUAAUAAAGACUCCUAUGAAAGAUUGAACAAGCUGGGUGGUCUAAACAUAAUAGCCCCGGUAUUAAAGGAUCAAGACACUACUGAUAAACUUAAACUGCGAGCAUUGGCUUUGAUUACAGCUAUUAUGACAAGCACAGCUGUUGAUGAAACAUUCAUGAACACUAUAAGAAAAACUAAUAUCAUGGAAAGUACACUGAAAUUUUUGAACGCUAAGAGUAACAUAUACAUCAUUGACAGGGUAUUGAAUUUUCUAACGCAUUUAAUAAAUGCUGGUGAGAAAUUCAGCGAUCAAGAAAUUGCCGCGUUGAAAACGGGUUUUCAAGAUAUCGAGACUGUCAAGGAUCGCCUCAAUGAAGACGACUACGAAACCGUAAAGCAUGUACUAUAG